GGCCGGCACCUGUCGAGAUGUCGCUGGCGGGUCCGGAACGCCAGGCCGAGGCUUGUGGCCUGUGCUCGGGGAGCGGGGCUGCCGCCGCCGCCCGCUACACCUGCCCCCGCUGCAAUGUACCAUUCUGCUCGCUGCCCUGUUACCGCGGCUCCAGGCACCGGGCGUGCGCCGAGUCUUUCUACCGGGAGGCGGUGCUGGGCGAGCUGCGGGACGAGAGCCGGCGGGCGGGAGGCGCCGAGGCUCGGGCGGGCCUGCGGGAGAGCCUGAGGCGGCUGCGGCACUCCGAGGCCUGGGAGCCCGGGGGGCUGGAGCCCGGCGACCCGCACCCUGGCGGUACGGCCGCUCGGCUCUGGGACUCCCUGAGCGAGGAGGAGCGCCGCAACUUCGAGCGGCUCCUGGAGAGCGGGCAGGCCGCGGCCUGGAUCAAGGAGUGGAGGCCGUGGUGGGAGCGGCGAGCCCCAGGCCCCGUCCAGCAACUGCAGCCCUCGGGUCUGGAGGAAGAUCGAAGAUGUGAGAGGAUAAAUAAAGCACAGCCUCUGGUUGAUGUUGCAGGAACUGGGAGUGAGAAUGAUUCAGAACUGGGUAGGUUCACAGAGGAGCAAGUGACAGACAGACUCUGGGAACAUGAUGAUUCUAUUCCUGUAAUCUGCAGUAACAUUGUUCCUUUGCUGAGUUUGUGUUCAAAGCCUUCUCCCCUGAUCCAGUACAGUGUCGUGAACGUUCUCUAUGCAUACGCAUUUUCCAUGAAGCUGGUGAAUGGGGACGUAUCGGGGGAAAUGAGGGACGAGUUUAUCGAAGCUGCAUUAACAGUCUCCGAGGCCCUGCAGGGCAAUCGUGUUUUCAUGUCCACUGCAGAGGCUGUGCAGGCUGGAGUUGGAGCCAUGCGAAGCACCCCAUAUUUUUCUAAUCCCUUUGAGCCAGUGAACACAAUCAAGGACACGGCUGUCCUCUUAACUGGAGGAAGCAAGGCAUCAAACGGUCAUUAUACUUUGGCUGCAAUCUCCCACCUUCACCGGACACUGGGAAGAGCAAAGCGAUCUCAACAGAAGAAGGAUCCUGGUUAUUACCGGGCUUGGAAGAAGUGUGCCUUCCUUCUGUCCUGGGUGAAUGAACAUCAGGAUAGACUCGUGUUUCUCUCCAUGGAGGUGCAGAGUGAGUACAAGAACACCUUUGAUUCCUUGGUCCAAGUGGAGGAAGACAAAUCGAAUUUGGAAAAAGCCUGGGGAGGAAAGCGACCCCCAGAGAAGAAAGUGUUAAUUGAAGAACUAACUCCCUGACCUUGUUAAUCCCCACUGCUGCCCACUGAUUAUUUAAUAAAGAUUAUCAAAUUA